AAUGUUGACAGUGGGAUUUGAACCCACGCCCUUUCGGACCAGAACCUUAAUCUGGCGCCUUAGACCAACUCGGCCAUAUCAACUUUGUUAUUUCAAAAGUUUCAACUAUAUAUUAGAUAAUGAGUUAUAGAACAAGUAUAGCCCAACCUUGCCCAAACUUUCAAGCUUAGCAUGUCUUUCUUUUGCCAAUUAUUUUGUCUAAUGAAAUCCGAUUACUUAAAUACAAAAUUUACAACUGGGUCUAAAAGUAUAUAUUAGCCCACACUUUCAAGCUUAACAUGUCUUUCUUUUGCCAAUUUAUUUACACGCUCGGUUUCCAAUUAAUAAUAUGUUAUAAUCGGAAACGAAACUGAAUCUAAAAAUCACUUUUUAAAAUUGAAAUCUGAUUACUUAAACAAAUAAAUAAAUAAAUAACAUAUUAUACUACAUCAACAGUUAAAGAUUUUCACAAUUUAAAAAACUAAAAGGAAAAAAACUUCUAAGAAGUUUAUUCUAAGAGCAUUUUUCAAAUGUCAUUGGAUCUUAAAAUCCUUAUGAUCUGAUUUAAGUAAAAAACUACUAUUAAAAUAGCAAAUAAUUUAUCUAACAAGAAGCAAUAUAAAUUAUUAUCAUCUAACUUUUAGAUCGAAUCUGAUGAACUACAAAACAAAAAACAUAAAAUAGAUAAACAAAAAAGAUGUUAAAAAAUCAUCAACUAGAAUAGUAUUUAAAUAAAAAGUAUUAUAGUUUAGAACUUGAAACUACGAAAAUUGGGCAAAAUCACAAUUCAUAAUCAAAUUUACCAAUAGAAAAAGAGAAAGAGUUUGAGAUUUGAAAACUUAUGCCAUGAAAGUUCGAUUUACAUAUGAAUUUGAAGUGGUUAAUGCAAAGACCUCAUACUAUUCUUAUCUCUAAAGAUGUGGUUUGAUGUACAUUUUAGUUUUAUUCCUCUCUACAAAUUUUCUCCAUCCUCAAUUUGCUGAUGAGAUUCCAUUGUGAAAAGAUGUUGAAAAAGAUUCAGACAACAGUGAAAAUAAGUCCGAAACAACAAAAAACAUUUUCAUACUUAGUUGAUAUUAUUAUAAGAAUUUAUUAAAGGAAAAACAAUUUUAUGCAUUUUGAGGCUUUUUAAAACUCCAAAUCAAGUUUAUAUUUGUUAUAUCAUUCUCAAUUUCUUCAUUUUAUCUAAGUGGCCACAAAAGUAAUGACAAGUGUCACAUAGUCUUCAAUAUAUAGUAUAUAAUUUCUAAGUAUACUUACAUUUUAUUAACAAAAACAUUUGCCAAUGUAUCAAAUGUGGUUUUGAAAAUGCCCUCUUUUGGUUGAACUGAAGUUGUUGAUUUUAAAAUAUACUAUACCCGUUAACGCAAGUAUUAAAAAAAAAAUUUUGAGGUGCGUACUUGCAUUAACCGGUAUAGUAUAUUUUAAAAUCACCAACUUCAGUUCAACCAAAAGAAGGCACUUUCAAAACCACAUAAAAUCAUUGUAUAUGGAACACCUAAACAAAAUGACAAUCAAUACUGUAUAUGGGACAAUUAAAGAAUCUCUCGUUGCUCGACUUCAACGUGUAACACAUCACCAUAUACACGACAAAAUACUAGAGAAUCGGUGAAGGGACAAUGACACCUGUUACAUCCCCCACCUCUUCCAACUGUUAAAUCGUUAUAAAUGCAUCGUAUAUUGUGUUUUUAAAAGUUUAACGAAACAUGAGAUGGAUAUCUUAGCAAUAGCCUUGUCUCUGCUUCUACUCUGUUUCAUCUUCUUCCUUUUCACAUGUUCCGGCUACGAAGGAGCCAAGAUCUCACCGGGUCCUCCAAGGUUACCUCUUCUUGGUAACAUCCUUCAAAUCGGUGAAAAGCCUCACCGUUCACUUGACCAUCUCUCGAAGAUUUACGGUAGCGUAAUGACUCUUAAGCUUGGUUGUUUGACUACAGUAGUCAUAUCAUCACCUGAAGCUGCAAAAGAAGUUCUGAAAACACAUGACCAUGUCUUGUGUUACCGAAUCUCCACCGACCCGGUUCGAGCCACUGGUCACCAUGAGCGUUCCUUUGCAUGGUUACCUCCGUUUGCUCGUUGGAGGUUUCUAAGAAAGAUCACGACACAACAGUUGUUCUCAACGCGGAGUUUAGACGCAACCAAGGACUUAAGGAUGAGCAAGGUGCAAGAACUCAUGAGCUUCGUUGACACAUGCAGCCAGAGCAGCGAAGCUGUGAACAUUGGUCGUGCAUCAUUCAUCACAUCUCUCAAUAUAAUCUCUAACGCUUUGUUUUCCAUAAACCUCGCUAACUUUAAUGACACCGAGACAACGGAUGACUUCCAAAACGUGGUGCUUCGGAUGAUGGAGAUCGCUGGAAAAUCCAACAUGGCAGAUUUUUUCCCGUUUCUUGGGUUUCUUGAUCUGCAAGGAACUAGAAAAGAAGCGAGGCUAUGUAUGAACAAACUGUUUAGGGUUUUCCAAAGGUUCAUCGAUACAAAGAGAUCAUUAAAGGCUUCAAGAAACAAGGACAAUGAUAUGCUAAGCUCUCUUUUAGACAUAUCUCAAGAAAAGGAGUCAGAACUCGAUGAUGAUGGUAUCAAACAUUUACUUCUCGACUUGUUUUUGGCCGGAACAGACACAAGUUCGAGUACGGUGGAAUGGGCUAUGGCAGAACUACUUCGGAACCCAAAGAUGAUGGUGAAAGCUCAAGAAGAGAUUAGACAAAUGAUAGGAGGAAACGACGCCGUUCGAGAAUUGGAUAUCUUCAAACUACCUUAUUUACAAGCAGUAGUGAAAGAGACUCUUCGUUUGCAUCCUCCUUCCCCUUUUCUCAUCCCUCGAACAUCGGAGUCUGAUGAUGUCCGGAUUUUCGAGUUCAUCAUCCCAAAGAAUACUCAGGUUCUUGUGAGUCUAUGGGCGAUAGGACGAGACCCAAACGUGUGGGAGAAUCCAACUCAGUUCAAGCCUGAGAGGUUUUUGGGAAGAGAAAUCGAUGUGAAAGGCAAUGAUUUUGAGCUGAUUCCAUUUGGAGCUGGAAGAAGAAUUUGCCCAGGAUUGCCACUAGGUUUUAGGAUAGUACAUUUAGUUCUUGCGUCUCUUCUCUAUGGCUUUGACUGGGAGUAUCAAAAUGGCAUCCUUCCUGAAAAUGUCGAUAUGAGCGAGGCCUUCGGCGUUACCUUGCACAAAGCUGAGCCACUAUGUGCAGUGCCUAUCAAGAAGCAUGUUUGACUGACAUCAUCUUCGUUUUUAUAUUUCUCAACUUAUCUAUAGGUAAUUAUAGUGUUAUCAGGUCAUGUACUCAUGUCUCGAUCUUGUGAAGUAUACAAAUAAAUUUAAGAAGGCUAGAGCACGAGAUGUUUUUUUUUUCAUGUAAGUCAAACAUACCUUAACAUAGUUAAGGGUUAUUUUUCCAAACA